CAGUUUUUCUUUUCACAUUUUCCCAUCACCAUCGCUAGUGGGAAUUUAUUAGAAAAAAAAAACAAAUCAUGUGCGUAGUCAAAGUUCGUGACAAGAUUGCAUUCCUGAUAGACCUAUAAGUUGUGAGAAAAUGGAUUCCCUUUCAACCAGUUAUUAUAGUCAAUACCUUUUGACAGGUUUUUCAGUCCUUACAAUAGUUUUACUUCUAAUGUUUGGAGUAUACCUUGCGAGGCCCAUCAAAAUUAAAGUUGCUGAGGUAAAAGAACUGGUCAGGUCUGGAAUGAACAAGCCCCGUUUCCGAAAACGAGACAAGGUCAUGUUUUACGGACGCAAAAUGCUGCGCAAAAUAUCUUCAGUAAAACAGAAAGUGAAAAUGAUUUCAGGUCAAGUUCGUGGACCACCUGGAAAAAAGAGAAAACUAGUCAUGAAACUUGCCCGUCGUCUCCUACCUCGUCGCGAUCACAUGCCUCAACAGCUAAAAAAUGUUGAGCCUCCCAUGGAGUAUCUUCAAGAGGAUAUAUCGGAAUCAAUCGAUCAAAGAUUGCCUCCAGAAGUCGUUUACAUGUUGCAAAAUAUGAGAAUGUUUGGCUGCUUUGAGAAACCCUUGUUCCUUGAACUUAUCAAGCACAUUGAAAGUGUAGAUCUCCGAAGCAACCAGCAUCUGUUUAUGAUCGGCGACCAGGAUACUAAUAUGUAUAUAGUCCAAAGUGGUAGACUUAGAGUCUACAGCACGGAAGGGGAUGGCUCUACUAUAACACUUAAAGAAGUGAAAGGCGGAGAAGCUAUUUGUUCAUUGCUGAGUUUUACCGACUACCUAACUGGCCAACCGAGUGUUUUCAAAACCGUUUCUGCCCAAGCUAUAGAAGAAUCUUCUGUUCUUCAACUGCCUGUCUCUGCCUUUCAGGAUGUUUUUGACAAACACCCGGAUGCAUUGGUCCGCGCUAUACAAAUCAUAAUGGUCCGCCUGCAACGUGUCACUUUUUUGGCCCUUCAUCAGUACCUUGGCCUCAGUGCCGAGCUCGUCAAGUCUUUCCCCACCAAGCACCAUGGAGGAAGUUCGUCACCCAUCAAACUUCGAAUGCGUGAGCAUAUUAUCACGCAGAAAAGUACAAGUGUGGCUGACCCAUUGGAAUGCUCCACACCCCCGACGACCCCCCUUUCGGAAGGUAGACGAAGAAUCAAAGAUGAAAAAGAUUAUCAACUGUUACUGCAGGUUGGGAUUGAUGGCUUUGUAAAGCUCUUGGGUCUUGAAGAUUCGUCAUUCUUGGAAGGUCACAUUGAGGUCCGAGAAUUGAUACCUGGAACUUAUAUCAUGAAAGAAGAUGCCAUGAAAGACGUCGCACUCGUCUAUGUCAUUUCUGGAACUCUUUGUGUUUCUCAACGCGCUGCCAGUAAAAAUGAAGACGUUCAAAUGUUUCUUGCCCACUCGGGGGAACUAGUUGGUGGGCUGGCUGUUUUGACUGGUGAGCCCAGCUUUUUCACUGUCCGCUCACGUCACACAACAUGUGUUGCCAUGCUUUCAAAAUCUACAUUUUACUCGAUCAUGUCUAAGCGGCCAAAAGUGGUGUUACAUAUUGCUCGCACUGUCAUUUACCGCUUAUCACCUUUUGUACGUCAGAUUGAUUUCGCUUUAGAUUGGGUCUAUAUUGAGAGUGGAAGAGCGUUAUACAGGCAAAAUGAUGAGUCUGAUUGCACAUAUAUAGUAUUGAGUGGUCGCCUUAGAUCCGUCAUUACACAUCACGAUGGCAAAAAAGAAUUGGUCGGAGAGUAUGGUCGUGGUGAUUUAGUUGGAAUCGUUGAAACAUUGACACAAAACCCUCGCAGUACUACAGUUAUGGCUGUCCGUGAUACUGAAUUAGCUAAGCUGCCCGAAGGGCUUUUGGACGCCAUCAAGCUCAAGUUUCCUAUGGUAGUAUCGCGUCUAAUCAAUCUUCUUGGACAUAGAAUCCUAGGUACUUGGCAAACGCAGAGUUCCAAUUUCAAUCAAGCACUGCAACAGCGAUCCGCUCAAUCCAAUUUUUCCACUGUAGCGAUUCUACCCGUUUCCGAUGAUGUUCCCCUUUCUCAAUUUAGCCAUGAACUGUACACAUCGUUGAGUUGGAUCGGUCCUACAGUUUUAUUGACUUCUGACUAUAUUCGCCGAAUCCUCGGCCCAACAAUCAUGGAAUCAGCUAACGAAUACAAGUUAUCUGCGUGGCUCGGACAACAAGAGGAUCAAAACCGAAUCGUCCUCUAUCAGUGUGACCGGUCUCUUACACCUUGGACCCACCGUUGCAUUCGUCAAGCUGAUUGUAUCCUGAUUGUAGCAUUGGCUACCAUGGAACCAUCAGUCGGCAACAUUGAAAAGCAGCUUGAGACGAUCGCAGUGCGCACACAGAAGGAAUUGAUUCUUCUACACAAAGAGGGAGGCGAUAAACCACGAAAUACUGUUCAAUGGCUGAACGCUCGCUCUUGGUGUUCGUCUCAUCAUCAUAUUCAAUGUCCACCAAGAAUUUUUUCUAAGAAGCAUGCAUUACGGCUGGCUGAAGGGACGACUAAAUCGCCGCAGCUUUUGGAACGCAAUAUUCAUUCCGAUUUUUCUCGCUUGGCUCGUCUAUUGACGGGCGAAUCCGUAGGGCUAGUACUCGGUGGUGGUGGUGCAAGAGGAGCGGCUCACGUUGGCAUGAUUCAAGCUAUUCAGGAGGCUGGUAUUCCAAUAGAUAUGGUUGGAGGUGUAAGCAUAGGAGCGUUCAUGGGUGCACUUUGGUGUAUGGAAAAGGAUAUUCAUCAAGUUACUCGCAAAGCUAGUUCGUGGUCUUAUAAAAUGACACAACUUUGGCGGCAGCUCGUUGAUCUAACGUACCCAGUAACAUCUAUGUUUAGUGGUGCCGGGUUUAAUACGAUGAUUCGUGAAACUUUUGGAGAAGAUUCUCUUAUAGAAGAUUUAUGGCUUCCUUAUUUUACCAUCACCACCGACAUCACUUCCAGCUGCAUGAGGCUUCAUAGUCAUGGAUCUGUGUGGCGAUACGUGCGAGCAUCGAUGUCUUUGAGUGGUUACAUGCCGCCAUUAUGCGAUCCAAAAGACGGCCACUUGCUUCUCGAUGGCGGCUAUGUUAAUAACCUUCCAGGCUCACUAUGGCGAAGUGUUCGGGCCUCCAUGUCAAUUGCCGGAUGGCUACCUCCGAUGUGCGAUCCUACCGACGGUCAUCUGCUAGUUGACGGAUGCUACGUCAACAACGUACCUGCCGACGUAAUGAGAAGUCGAGGUGCCAAACAUAUUCUGGCAAUCGACGUAGGUUCGCAAGACGAUACCGACUUGACUAAUUAUGGAGACUGUUUAUCCGGAUGGUGGUUGCUCUGGAAAAAAUGGAAUCCGUUUGCGAGUCCAGUAAAAGUGCCUAACUUGCCAGACAUUCAGUCCCGUCUUGCAUAUGUUUCCUGCGUUCGUCAGUUAGAAGAGGUUAAAAAAAGUGACUAUUGUGAGUAUAUAAGGCCACCCAUCGACAAGUAUAAAACGUUACAAUUUGGUAGUUUUCAUGAAAUCAAGGAUGUCGGUUACAACCAUGGGAAAACUUACUUCAUUGGUUUGCAAAAAGCUGGACUUCUUGGUACUUACACCAAACCUGGUGUUCACUACCGAGAAACGAAGAAAUAUUCACCAACUACCAAUACCUCAAAUAACUAUUAUCCGUAUAAUCAGCGUUACGGAACAAAUGAUACUCAGCACCGAUCUCAAGGUCGACGAGGACCACAAACAUUUACAGAUCUGGCGGAAAUGGUAGCAAAAGUACGAGGCCCAGUCAAUCGAAUACUUGAUGAUGAAACUUCUGAAUCGGGUAGCGACUUGGAAUACGAUAACGAUGAAGUCAGCAACGUUUCCGACCCCUACGACGAUCAGGAUCUGAUUGACCAUCGAAACCUCCGACAAAGGCGGAAGCGCAGCUCCCUAUCGUGCACCGACAGUGACAUCCUUUCCUAAUACCGACACUUUUUUCUUAUUCGUAAGAGGGAGAUGAGCGCACCAUUUACGCGAGUCAAAGUGCCUUCUGCUACGUUUUGCAGUGUCAACUGUUCACAAACUGUUUCAAAUGUUCAAAUGUUGCUUGUAGAAAUAUACAGUAAGGUUGCCAAAGCA